GCUUCUUCCUGCCGCGGCGCAUCCGGGGCGGAGGCAGCGACAUGGCGCCCAAGCGGCGCGGCGUGCCCGGGGCCGGGGCCGGCCCGCCGGCGGCCAAGCGAGCCCGCGACGAGGAGGGCGAGUUCACCGGUGUCCGCUUCAAGGCGCUGCUGCGGGACCCCAGCACCGCCGGGAAGGGCCUGGAAACCUUCGUGUCCGUGGCGAAGGAGCUGCCGGCUGCCCAGCUGUACGAUGUGGUGGAGGGGUACGUCAAGAUUUCCGUGGAGUGCGCCGAAAUUUUCAAGCUGCUGGAUGGGGAGAGGAAGCCGGAAAGCGAAAUGAUAUUAAUCUUUCAAGCUCUGGAAGCCAUUUUACUGAGGACAGCCAGUGACCUCUCCCAUUUUUCUGUUGUGGGAAUGAACAUAGUCAAAAAGUUGAUUCAUUCCUACAUGAGAUUGGUCUAUGUUGCACUGUAUUCUGAAAAUCACAGGAUGAGCCGAGUGUGCCUUACCCUGUUGUCAGCAAUGGUGGCUCAGGGGCCAGAUUCAGCAAGGGACGUGUACAGCCACUUUGAUUUCAAUAACAAAUUUCUGCCUGGAUUAGUGAAGAAAAGAGAUAAGAAGGGGAGACCUGAUGUCCGCAUGGGCUAUAUUCAGUUUGCUCUCUCGUUUUUAAUUGCUGGUGACAAUGCAAUCUUGAUACAAGUGCUGGAAUUAAAAGAUUUCAUUCCAGCUAUUUUUCGUUCUGGAAUAAAGGAAGACAAAGUUUCUACAGUCAAUCUUCUACUCUCCACACUGAAAACUAAGGUGGUUCAAAAUAAAAAUAUCACGAAAACACAGAAGGUGCGCUUUUUUACUGCAGAAGUGUUGAAUCACAUAGCUUCACUUUACCGAUGGAAUGGGAUUACUGAUGUCAGCUCUGGGGAUUUGAAGGUACCUAAAGGUUCUGAAGAUGCAGGAAAGAUGAUGGUACGAGAACUUGUUCAUAAUUUUUUGAUGGACCUCUGCUGCUCUCUGAAACAUGGCAUAACUUUCUAUGACCCAAGUCUUGGAACUUCUGGAAGGGGAGGAAACCUGGUGCUUCUGCGCUUUCUGCUUGGUUUAAAAACUGCAACAGAAGAUGAAAUGGUUGCUGAUCUUGUGGUGAAUAUUCUUAAAGUAUGUCCAGACCUAUUGAAUAGGUACUUCAAGGAGACCCAGUAUUCCUUUGUUCCUAGAGUAAAGUCAGCUUGGAUGGAUAAUAUGAAGUUACUCAAAAAGAUCUAUGAGGCUCAACCAGAGAUUUCCAACUCUUUUAAGACUUCAGAGUUUAUUCCUCUUCCCAGGUUGCUUUCUAUAGUGAUGGUAACAACAGUCCCUGCAGUGUGCAAUAAAAUAACGUUCACCCAAGGACUAAAUUUACCCAGCAAAGUAGUGAAGCACAGCAUACUGUCACUUGUGUCAAUGAUUCUGAAAAGAGCCUUGAAGAAUAUUGAGUACUGCUUGAAUGAAGAAACUUGGCAAAAAUCAGAAAUCUACUCACUGUCAACGAUGCAGGAAUUUGUACAGCUGUACAGAGAAGCCAUCAGCAAGCUUUUACCAGACAUGAACAAUAUAGUAGCUGUUUGGCAGUCCCUUCUGAAGCAAGGGAAAGAAAAUCCUGAUGGGCAAGAGGAGAAAAGGGAAACUGCUAUUUCCACUGCGGAAGAAACGACUGAGACAGCAGAAGUUGCUGAACAACAUGGUUCUGACGAUGCUGAGACACUGUUUCUGAAAGCUGCGUUGCUUCAGGUCAUAUGCCUUUAUCAGAAGGUUGUGCCCCACUUGGUAGCACGGAGCAACUUUGAUUUUAGCAAGCUUUUAAAAGGUAUCGUCACUGAUCAGGGCCUCCGAGAGGAGGUCCCACCUGUUCUGCAGCACCAUGUACUGAAAGUGGCAUUGGAACUUCCUGCAAAUAAAUUUGCCUGGUUCAGAGUACAGGAUGUCUCUGAGACAGAAAAGAUAGCUGGUGAAAAAUCAGUAUUUUAUUUACUGAUGAAAAUGUUUGUUACAAGUAACCACACUCAUCUGAAAAUUUCGACCAAAAAGCUGAUUAUCAAGGUUUUACAUGACAGUGGAGUGUUCGAGUACACAUGGAAAGAACUUUCAAUUUGGCUGGAACACUUGGAUAAUACAAAAGAAGACAAGAAGGAAGCAGUGAUUCAAUUUUUGGAAAGGAUCCUGUUGAAACUUGUGUCAAACCCCUAUCCAUAUACAGAUAAAGCAGCAGACCUUGUUCAGGAGGCCAGUAUGCUCCAAGUUAAUAUGUUUAAGCAAGACUCCGAUAACGUCAGCAUCCCCAUCUCUCACAUAGAUGAUGUCCUUGAUAUGGUGGAUGUCCUAGUUGAGGAUAGUGAUGGCCUAGAUGAAGAAAUUGGGUUCACUUUAAACGAAGAUACCAUUAUCCAAACAUUUCCAUUCAGUGCUGUUGUCCCUGCUGCGUUAGAAGCCAGGAAUAAACUGCUGCUUCAGGCUGAAAAUGAAACAGGAGCACACAUCGUAGAGUACCUUGUUGCUGUUUUCACUGACCUUCUGCACUCUCAGAGAGAUGCCCUCGCCCUCUGCUUGAUGUUCCAGCUGUAUGAUAAAGAUCUGCAGUCCCUGAAAGUUUCUAAAUAUCCUCAGCUCUACCAAUUUAACCAAUACUAUAAUCUCUGGAUACCCCUGCAAGCUCAGGAACCUGUGUUUAAACAGUUAAAAAAAUGCAAAGAGGUAUGCAAAGAACCUGCUCUGGCUCCGGAUUCAGCAUUUGCAACACUGCUAAAGCAGGUCUAUGCAAGAGGAAGCAGUACCUUACUGGAAGAUGAUAUCCAGACAAAAUUGAGAGACUUGGCUUCCCAGCUCCCAUCUGAACAGCUUUUGUUAGGAGUAAAGCAUGUGUUGCUGUACCUGAAAUCCACAGUGGAGGACUUUGGCAAUCUUAGUAAAACUUCUGGUCCUCGCCUCGUUGACUUCUUUGUGGACCUGCUGAGCAGCUUGUUGUGCCGGGGAAAUCAGAUAGAGCUGGGUAAUCGGCAGAAACAAAAAGAGCAUCAGGAUGCAUCAGAUCUCUUUAUGGAUGAGGAAUCUCUGAUUACAGAAGAGUCUUCAAAUGACAAGACCCUGGAAGAUAUGCUCAUGCUGAUUUUCAAGCAUCCUACGCUGGAGAGUUGGUUCCUGGCUUUAGAACAACGUUCUCUUCCUCAGCACAGUUUAAACCCUGUCACUGUGAAGCUCCUGUCAGCUCAUGUAAAUUCUGGUGUGCUCCAGCUGUUGAAGACAGGUGCCCCGAUGUUGCAGAGCAUGGAUCACAUACAUGUGUUAUCAAAAUAUUUUGAAGCAAUCAGGAAAAGUGUCUUGAAAGAACUACAGGCUGUGGGGAAAGAAGGAAAACAGGUCUCUCCCAAGAGGUCUCACCAGCUGGAGGCUCUUCAGGAAUUGCAUGUAUACAUGUCUGCAGCUCAACUGAAAGAGAUCACUUUAACCAUGCUGCGGCUUCCUGAGAUGAGCUUGACUACUCAGAAAUCUGAAAAAUCCCCUAAAAAAGGAAAACAGUUGAGUUUGUAUGGACAAAUUUUGGUGCAGCUCCUCACAGAGAGCUACCAAAGGCAACCCCAACGAGGAGAACUGCUGCUAUCCACAGAGCACAUUAAAGCUUUGGGGAUAUUGAUGUCAGCAUCAGCCAGUAAGGAUCUGGAGAAAGUUUUCCUUCAUGCUCUCCAAUGCGAGCCAGUAUUUGCACACGUGGUCAGUGUAGAGGUGCAUGUUCACUGCCUUAACCAGGGGUCAGAAACCUGCCUUGCCAUUGUGGGCACGCUUUUAAAACACUGUAGAACUCACCUGCUGCAGUUCGAGCUGUGGUGUCUAAGCUGUGACACUGAAAAGUACCUGAGGAAGAACAUGGAGAGCUUUCUUCCACUCAUUAAUGUAUAUUUGCAGUGCAGAGACCAGUAUGGUUUCACCCGACCUUCCACAGUUGUCUCAGCUGUUAUACCUGUCCUGAGAAAAACUCUGUGGAAAGAGCUCUCCAGUGUGUUUCAAGACACAGAAACAUCGCAUGAGACCACUCUGAAAUUGCAAGUUCUUUCCAAGUUGUUGCCAUCUGCAGAAAGCAAAGGGCUGCGAAAGCUUAUUGACCAGCUUCCUGCUGCUCUGGAGAAAGCAGGAAAUAAUGAGAGUUGGACAGUGGCAGAUGCCAUAUCUAGAGUGCUCGAAAACUCUGAAGAGCUGAAUUCCUGGAGGAGAAGCCUGUUAUCAGCCUGCAUGAAGGGAUUAAUUGCCAUGUACAACAACAAUAAAGAGGAAAGCAAGCAAGAAGUGGAAAGGUCAAUGCUGCUGAGGCUAGAAGAGUUGCUGCGCUUUGUGGAAGAAGUGGACCCAGAUGACUGGUACAACCUAGUGAAGACGGGACUCAAGUACCGCUACAGAGAUGAAGCAUUUUUGAAAGUCUUGAACACUGCUAUUCAGUUAUUAUACAAGAAAGAAUCCUCACUUAGUCAGAGAUUAGUCAAGCUCUCCAAACUUCACAUGAUGGUCACGCAGCACUCUCUAUUUUUGUCAGCCAUGCUAAGGUCAAGAGAAGAAGAUGGCACGAACAUCCAGACAAGAGAGGCCCUGGUGGAUAUACUGCUGACAGUCGUGAAACUGAGCCCUUCGGUCUGUGAGAGCAGUCACCUUGCCGUAUUGUUGGGUGCCUACGGGGCUACGCUGAGUACUGUAGAUCAAAAGAUACUGCUACUGCUUCAGUUAUAUGAGAAGAAUAAUCAAAGCCUCAUAAAGUCCGGAAACCUGCUAUGGGGUCCAGCCGCUGUGGAGCAUCACAAGACUUGCAAGAGCCUAGGGAAGUCACUAUGGCAGCAGCCAACCAUGGAGGAGAUUCUGUGCCUGCUCGAUCGAGAAAAGAUGAUGAAGACAGUUCUGUCUUUCCCUCAGCAUCGCCAUCUUCUGCCAUCAGAGGAGGUGGAAGAGUCACUGUACAGAGAUGAAAAUGUCAAGAAUCUCGAUGACUUCUAUGAUCCUUGUUUUCUGCUUCAGCUCUUCAGUGAAUUGACCAGACCAGAGUGUGUAGUGGCAUGUCACAAGUUUGUCGAAGUCAAUGCCCUGGGUCUAACAGUGGCUGCACUUAGCAGCUAUGAUGCCAACAUGAGAGCAGCAGCAUAUUUUGUUUUGGCUGCUUUUCGGUCUCAUCUGGAAGGGGCUCGCUUCCGAGAACAGAGGCAGCUGCUGUAUCUCAUGGAUGCUGUGCAAAAUGGAAUCCGGCAGCAGAACCUCAGAUUUACCUUCUCUUUAACCCUCUACAUUGCUCGUGUGGCACAGCAGAUGCUGAAGCCAGAGGAGCACAUGUAUACAAAGAUAAACAGAUUCCUUCUGUCACACCAGUACUUGGACCUGAGGAAAGUACCAGGGUUUUUUCAGCUUUUCUACAGUUUUGAUUUUGAGCACAAAAUAGAACGUGAAUGGGUUCUCAGACUUCUUGGAGAAGGGCUGCGUGAUAAACAUUGCUACCAGCUUUAUGACUACCAGAGGAUUUUCCAUGUUAUUCUUUCCUUUUUCAACAGUCCCUUGUGUGAUGAAGGUUCCCAGAAUCAUAUUCUGGAGAUACUACAAAAUGCUGCUCAUGUCACCAAAGCUGCCUAUGAGCUCAUACAAGACCACAGCCUCCUAACCUGGAUACUGCAUAUCUUGGAGAAAAGGUUUCUGGAAAACAAGCUGCUACAUAAAAUCAUUUCCUUAAUCCAUACUCUGUGGGUCACAAAUGUAGGAGGCAAGAGAGAAGGCAAGAAAAAAUCCCAGGAGAAGAGGAAGUUUCUUCCUAUUCAGCUUGUAAAUGAAUUUCUGUAUGUGUUGAUAACAUUAGUCAAACACAUCAGGACUAAUGUAGAUCUAUCCAAACUGGCUCAGUUUUUGACUACAUUCAGUUCUGUGCUGGGAUAUCGUGCUACAGUUGUUGAGGCCUUCAAAGAGAUGAGUCGCUUCACUGUGAAUGACAGCGUUCUCUCAAACAAAGACGUUUUGCUGCUGUUGCAUAAGUGGAGUGUCAUUGAGAAAGACCUGCAGCUCCAGGACGAUGUGCAGACUCUCGCUCAGAAAUACCAAAUCAAAGAAUUGCUUAAAAAGAACAAAUCCCAAGCCUCAUCUCACGGACAUCAUCACACUCGGAAAAAGAAAGAGACGGAAAGAGAAGAUAACACUGCUGAAGAGCUAAAAGUCUCUGAGCUGGAGAAAUGCAGAGAUGAUCUGAAUGCCAUAUUUGCCCACUGGGAGCCUGCUUUCCCUGCGAUGCCUACCAAACAUCCAGAGGAGCCCCUCAAAUCUGGUGACCUUGCAGAUGAAACAGUCAAUCUUAACCAUGCGACCACUUAUAUAGUAACUAAAUGGCUCGUAAAGUCCAUGGUUGAGCACACUCUCAAUAUGAAAAACGUUUUGCUAACACUGCAGUGGCUACAGAAUUGCGUCGUGCCGCACCCAGGGGUAGUGCAGGAGGUGCUUGGGGACGAGACGCUGAGAAACAACAUCUUCAAGUUUUACACCCGGAUCUGUGAGGCCAGCAGUGGGACAGCUGGACACUUGGAAGAGCUCUGUUUGUUCAGUUCAAUCAUGCUUCACCUCACGGAUGCUCAGGGCCUGACGAACAACAGCUUUCAUGAGCUCGUGAAAACGUUGUGCCUGUCAGCAAUGACGGAAGAGGAUGUGAACAAGAAAGCUGUUUGUGUUUUCCUGACUUCUGUUUACAUUGGGGACAUAUGGCUUGGAGCACAGGAGCCAGAUAUGUUAAUAACCCAUGUCAAAUUGAUCUGCGGUAAUACAGAUGAUGAAUUAAAUGAUGAUGACAUGGAAACUCAUAAACAAGGAGAAGAAACUAUUACGCCUCUUUGCAAAACCCUUUACUCGGCUACACUGGGGCAUUAAUUCAGUGAACUGACACUUAGUCUUUAAUGUUACAUGCUCUGUCAUCAUUGCCGUGAGCCAUGAAACCCUCCUGAACUGUUCCUCAUACAAAUCCAACUUAAUUUGUCAUAAGAUCAAUAUUUUAUUACUGUGUGCAAACUCAGGGGGGAAGACUUGUAUUCAUCAUCUCUCAGUGGAACAUUAAAGCCAUAAUUUUCCUUUUCUUCAACAGUAUGGGAUGCUGAAUGUCAUUUAUAUCACUUUUAACUUUCUGAAGAACCAAAGCCAGCUGAUGAAUGUGUUGCCUCUGGACUGUAUUUCAGUCUCCAUCCUCUCUCCAAUGUAAGAUGGGGAAAAGGACUGCAGUGCUUCACCACGGUCUAGUAUAAGUGCAAACAAGUAUUCAGGAAUUAUCCGUGAUGAUUUACUAUUUUUGAAGAACCCAGCUUCCUUCAUGAUACAAGGCAAUAAAACUGGUACAAAGACAAGAUGCUGAACACUGACAUCAUGAUGGUGUAGGAUUCUUCUGAUUUUUAAAUUCCUUUUGAAAGUGUUUUUUCUCUCGGUUCUCUUUUUUUAAUAUAUAUGUAUUUUUUUUAAUUAGAAAAAAAAAGUCCUGACCAUCACCACUGCUGGAACUUGCAAUAAAGACCUGUCUUCUCUAAUCUCUUAAAAAAAUGAGAGAGAGAGAACCAAAACUCAAAUGACUUGCUGCUGACUGAUAAUACAUGUUUUUUAUUGGAAAUUCUCUGUAAAAUCUGAUAAAUAUUUCUUGAACGUGGCCUUGAGGGCAGAUAAUAAACUAUUCCAGGUACGCAAACAUGCGGAGUCUGAAGUUGAGCCUUUGAAGUGUAAAACAGGAUUUAUUAAAUUGACUCAUGAGUAUGUGCUGUGCCUAGGUGCUUUGUACAAAUUCUGUACUCGAGAAAAAAAAAUCAGAAAUGCACACUCCUUGUGAUGUUUAUAUAAUGAGCUUUUUUUAAAAAAAAAAAAAAAGAAUAAAAGAACAUGAGAUGCAAAUAA